AGCGCUUCCUGCGGCGGUCCGGCCGCUUCCUGCCGCUUCCUGUCGCAUCCCGGCCGCUUCCUGCGGCGUCUCUGCAUCCGGGGGACGGAGACGGUGCUCAGCUGCAGGAACUGGUCUCCGUUGCCCACUCCGCACGGUGCUUCCCGCAGGCCCGUCCCGCCUGCCUCCUCUCAGGCCCUGCAUAAAAGAAUACAUGUUCACUUCAAGUAGAAAGGAGCAUGUUCCCAAAUUCUUCCAACUUGGGUCGUCCACCAUUCCCUCCAAAAUACCAACAACAGAGUACUUUUUUCACUAAACUUCCUCUAAAUAUACCUCCUAGUCUUCUUUCUCACCAGCAAAUUAUCGUUCCUCCGAUUCAUUUUCGCACUGCAGUUCUUUCUAGAGCCCUUUUGAGUGGGAACAUUGAAGCUACUCCAGCUGUUACUCCGGUAGUUACACUGCAACCAGUGACUUACAGAAGUGUCAGUCCAGUGUCUACAUCAGAUGCCCUGACGUCAUUUCAAGGAAGAAAGAGACAAAGUCAACAAAGCAUUCCAGAUGAUGCCAAACGGCAGCGGAUUCAUUCACAUGAUUCUGACACAACUGUAGUUAACCAAGCAGUGCCUUUACCAGAAGAACGUAGACGCUCCUUCCCAUCACCAGUUUCGAUUCAGUCUCCGGUGUUGCAUGCACAUGGUUCACCAGCUUUAAUUGGAUGUGUCCCUCCUUUGCAAGAUAAUUUGUUUCCAGACCCUGCAGGAACCAGGCUCCCUGUUGCCAAGGAUGAGUUAAGUCAACAGAUUUUGGACUUGUUUCAAGUGUGUCGGCAACAGGCCUCUGAUUUGGACAGAAAAGAGCUCUGCAGAACAGAACUCCAGAGAGAAAUUCAGCUAAUUUUUCCACAGAGCAGACUUUUUUUGGUUGGAUCCUCACUGAAUGGAUUUGGCACUCGUACUAGUGACGGUGAUUUGUGCCUGGUGGUUAAAGAAGAACCAGUGAAUCAGAAGACUGAAGCGAGACGUAUACUCAGCUUAGUCCAAAAACUCUUCAGUACUAAACUUUCAAGCUACAUUGAGCGACCUCAGCUGAUCAGAGCAAAAGUGCCAAUAGUAAAAUUCAGGGAUAAAGUCAGCAAUGUGGAUUUCGACUUGAAUGUAAACAAUGUUAUAGGUAUAAGAAAUACAUUCCUUCUGAGAACCUAUGCAUUCAUUGAGAAUCGAGUUCGUCCAUUAGUGCUUGUUGUUAAGAAGUGGGCAAGUUUUCGUGAGAUAAAUGAUGCCAGUCGUGGUACUUUAAACAGCUAUAGUCUUGUCUUGAUGGUUUUGCACUAUUUACAGACCUUACCUGAACCCAUCCUUCCAUCCCUCCAAAAAAAUUACCCAGAAUGUUUUGAUCCUGCUAUGCAGUUGCAUCUUGUUCAUCAAGCUCCACGUACCAUUCCUCCUUACAUCUCAAAAAAUGGAUCAAGCCUUGGAGAUUUGCUAAUAGGCUUCUUCAAAUAUUAUGCCACAGAAUUUGAUUGGAGCCAUCAAAUGAUUUCAGUUCGUGAGGCCAAGGCUAUUGCAAGACCUGAUGGUAUUGAAUGGAGAAACAAAUUUAUUUGUGUAGAAGAGCCCUUUGAUGGGACAAAUACUGCUAGAGCUGUACAUGAGAAACAGAAGUUUGAUAUGAUCAGAGUUGAAUUUGCACAGGCUUGGCGGUUAUUACGAGACAAGAAAGACCUGAACUGUAUAUUACCUUUAAAAGCAGCCAAACAGAAAAGAUAACCAGCUUCUUUCGUUUUCCCUUUUUUUUUUGGAUCCUGCUGAAGUAAAGAACAGUGUCAAAAUCAGGAGGCACUUACCCCACGGUUUUUACAACCUGUUUUUCUCUGUAAACUUUUGUUAAGGAAAUGUUUAUAAGGAUGGGGCAUAUUUUAUUAUCAGUAUUUGUUAAUACAGCUGUUCAUUCAAAGAUAUGUUUUCUGAAAAUGUUUGCGUUGUUGACUUCUAGAAGAAACUCAGAGCAAACAACAAAAAUACAUCUAUUUUAAGGAAAGUAUGGGGAUAUAUGGACUUGCUUCUUGCGUGAUCUGUGUAACCAUUAAUUUAGUCAGAUUUAACCAUGAAACAGACAUUCAAAGUUAAAUCAUGUGCAAAUCUGACUACAUCCUUAAGACACUGUGCACUACCAACUUCUUGAUGAACAGGGAGCCUGUGCUUUACAUCUGCUUAAUUGCAGUAAGCACUUCUGUUCAAGUUAGCACUUUCCAGUUUUAUUUCACUUUUACUUGGAAUAACAAGCAACUGUUUAUGAAAAUCAAGAUAGAUUAUGGUUGGUAGUAUUCUGAAUGUCAAGAACUAUAAUCUAAACUGGAAUUUUCAAGCAACAGUUGUACUAGGAAGAAGUUGAAAUAAAAAAACUCGAUUCAAUGCACAUAAAUGCUUCACAUGCACACAGAGUAGGCAGGAAAAUUUUUAGUGCUUCCUUUUACAUAUCUGAAGUAGUAGUAAUGUCUGUUUUGGAGAAAAAGACCAAAUCAAAAUCAAAACACCUCACAUCAGUGCUAAAAUAAGGUGGGUUUCUCAUUUGAUUUUGUGUAAAUGUUUGUAAAUUGGUCAGCCACUGUAAAUUGAAUCUAAAUAAGUAAUAUUGAAAAUGAUAGCUCUUCCAAAAAAAUUGCAAACCUUCUCUUAGACCUCUGAUAGCACAAUUUGUGUCUCUCAUAUAUUUGUUAUUGAAGACCAAUCAAUUUUUAAGACUGUAUUUACCACUGAUGUCGAAUUCGUACUUCCAUUUUUUUAAGUUUAAUAUUUUAUAUGGUGUCCAGUGAAAUAAAGUUUAUAUAUGGAAGAUACGGGUUAUUUUUCCAAUUUUUGUUAUUUUGUACCGCAUAUUUAAAAUAUUUCCUAUAAUUAAGUAGAAUAGGAAAUGCCCCAAAAGGGAAGACCCAUGUUGCAAUUCACCAAGAUCUAUCAUGGCUAUUCUGCAGUACAUCUGUGAAUAGGCAAAAGUUUAAUUUAUUACAUUCUUUAACAAGAUUGUGAAAACCCUUAUAACUGUAAAAUAACAAGCAUUGUUACUUCUUAUGCAAACUUUCAAGAUCUAAUUUAUUUAGAAAUUCUAGGUACUGUAAACUAUAUGCCUGAUGUGAGAUUACUUCCUACACACUUCAUCAUGAUCUAGUCUAUGUAGAAUUUUGAUUUGUUUCUGCAAUUGACUCUUCUUCUGCAAUUUAAACAGUCUUUCAGUUUUAGUAUGACUCUAGCAGUCCACUGAAAUGUUCUUCCUCCAUGCAUAUGUUCACCUUCACUGCCCUUCCUCUGUAGGAUGGUAUUCUUGGUGUCAGUGAAACAUCCACUUUGAUUCACUUCAUGUAAAACUGAACCACAAGAUUUUAGGACAGAAUGGUCUCUGGAUUCAGAGAUGCUCUACAAGCUCUACGUAGAUUUGGGGGAGAGGGGUUGUUGGCUAUAUCUUCUUUAAAAAUGUAUUGGUUAUGUCUGUGUCUAGAAAAUUUAAAACUUUCCUGACCUAGGAUAAGUAAGAAGGGACAUAAAUGUUUAAAGCUGGUAAAAAUAUUUUUUAAGUGAGCUGAAUGUGAGGAACAAAACUUAAUAAAAGGCAUAAAACUUUCUUAUGAGUUUGCAUUGUAUCACCUAAUGUGUUAACAUUUCUUACACCUUAAAUUAAUACUUCAUGUUUGAAACCAUUUCUUCCUAACUGAUUUUAAAAAGUUAGUUUGAAAAAUAAUGGUAUCUCUGAGCUACUCUGUAAAAAUUGCCCUACCAAUUCAGUGCUAUUUUUAAUACAAGUUAAGGUCUGUAACCACAACAGUCUCUUUCAAAAGGAUCCUUCUGUAGUUUUUUUCCUCAAGUUUAUGUCCCUCUGAUAAGCCAUGUCUAUAAUCAGAAAUUCUAGAUGGUUGUUUUCCCCAGUUUUUUUGGAACAAGCCUGUUUAUGGUGUAUUUGUUAAAUAGCUGGCUGCAACUUUGGUCAGAAAACUUCAGCUAUAAUACCACAAAAUAAGUGGCUUGGGGAGAGUGGGUAGGAGCUGGACCUUAACUUUGGAUUCAGUUCUGCGUAGUCUGAAGUUGUUAGAGGUUUAAUGACCUGGGUUUUCAUCUACUCUGGGCAAGUAUCUAGAGGGAAAAAUUCACUAAUGGCUAUCAUAAAUUUUACUGUUAGGGUGAAGUUACCACCUUUCCUCAGCUUCAAAAUAAAAACCUUUACCUACUUGGCAUACACCCUAGCAGGAAUAGUUUUUUCUGAGAGCUCUUUGGUAGAAGGUUUUUCACAACUGACCAAGGUUUCAGUGUGUGUACAAGAUGCUCUCUUCUCUGGGAUUUGUUACUGCCUUGAAAUAAAACUGCUUUAGUUCAGCUCUUUUAUUUAUAUAUUUUUAAAUUAUUAUUCUUGACUACUCUUUGGCAUUGGGUUUGCUUGUCUUUUCUCACCUCAUGUGUCAGAAACCACUAGUGUCUUCUCCAGGAUUUUAAGAACUCUCUUUAGUCCUUCAGGAGUGCUUUUAAUUAACAGGCUCAGAGGUGCACAGUAGGACCAAACGUUGGCAAGAGCUUCACAUUUGGUGACAGUAAUGCAGAACUGGCAUAGGCUAUAUACUGUGAAACUUAAAGUUUCUCUUCUAGCUCUUGCUCUCACUUGUCCUGAAAUGUGAAUGUGUAAGUGAACUUUCUGUACCUUACGUAUGUUGACAGUAUGAGGCAUUAUUUUUUUAAAAAUCCCUUACAAAGAAAUCAAUAUAAAUCAAUUUUAAAACUCACAUUACAGGGUGAGAUGGUUAUUGGGAGAAAUGGGCAGCAAUGAUAAAAGGAUGUAGAAUGAUUUGUAGAAAACAUGAAGUUAGCAUUUGUGAAUAAAUUACAUUUGUGAAUCCCAAACAUUAUUUGGAACAUAGUGCUUUACUUGAACUUGGGUUACUGGACUCAAUUCACAGUAUAUUUGAUGUUAAAUUUAAGUCCAUCAUAGAAUGUCACUCUUGAUUUAUUGUACUGUACUUGCUACGGGUUGUCUUGUAUUUUGUUGUUUAUUUUUGUCUGCCUUGUUCUCUGUAAUCCUUGCGCGUUCAGAUAAAAAUAUUUCCCUGGAUUUUACUGAGUAUGAUUCUUGUAGGAAGAGCAUGAAAGAAUAUGUGAUUUUGGUCCAUUUACAGGUCAAAUUAACUUGUGAGAAGUACAGAUGGUUGCCUUUCUCUUGCUGUGCUGAAGACUGAAUCAAAACUUGUGCAAUGUAUGUUUCAUAUAUAAGCAUUUCUAGAAGACUUGUAAUGCUCUUGCCUUCCACAUGAAAUGUAAGGAAGAGUACUUCAUAUUCUUUACAUUUUGCUGUGUACACUGUCUAUGCUCAUGAUGGGAAAUACACUUUUCAAAAAAAAUUACAUUGUCACUUUGUAAAUUGUGUAUGGCACUGCGUCGGUCAAGAGAGCAGAAAGGUUUUACCUGUACAUGCUGUUUUGAAAUGUCAGGAGAAUUUUAAUUUAGCAUGCAGAAGCAGUUUGUAGUCAGAAGUAUGUGGCUGGGUGUUUCUAUACUUACAGCACAAGGAAGAGUUUGCUGAUUUGUUUAUUUGUUUGAAGAAUGACAAAAAAACCUAGGGGCAUUAGAGUUAUACUGUGCAUACAGUCAUUUAUACUUGAGAUAUCUUCAAAGUUCUUUAUUGAGAAUCAGGGGUUUAGUGCUUCUCCUCCUCUUCUAGAAAUUUUUUUUUUUUAAGUAAAGUCUUUAACUUGACUACUACAGAUUGGAAAUAUUUCUGUUUUGUCUGGGAAAAGCACUGCAUUUUGUGUAAAAUGCAGAAUAAUAAAGGGUAAAUGUGGCUUAAUCUAAA